CGUAAGAGCGACAUAAAUCUCGCAGUGAUGGCUGCUCCGCCAGAAACGGAGAGUUUGGAGUCACGUAUCAACAGAGCAACCAACCCACUGAAUAGGGAUACAGACUGGAGCAGCAUCAAUGCAUUCUGUGAACAGCUCAACAAUGAUUUGGAAGGACCUCAGCUGGCCACCAGGCUGUUGGCCCACAAGAUACAAUCUCCACAGGAGUGGGAGGCCAUGCAGGCUCUACUGGUUUUGGAGACAUGUAUGAAAACCUGUGGGAAAAGGUUUCACAAUGAAGUGGGCAAGUUCCGCUUUCUCAAUGAACUCAUCAAAGUAGUUUCUCCGAAGUACUUGGGUUCACGGUCGCCAGAGCCAGUGAAGAAGAAGGUCUUGGAGUUGAUCUACAGCUGGACUUUAGGACUGCCCGAUGAGGCCAAGAUCUUAGAUGCCUAUCAGAUGCUAAAGAAGCAAGGCAUUCUCAAGCAAGACCCACAGCUGCCCCCUGAUUUACAACCUACUCUUCCUCCACCCAGACCCAAAAAUGCCAUUUUUGAGGAUGAAGAGAAGUCCAAAAUGUUGUCACGCCUGCUGAACAGCUCGCAUCCUGAGGACUUGAAAGCCGCCAACAAACUCAUCAAGGAAAUGGUACAAGAGGAUCAGAAGCGAGCAGAGAAGGUGUCCAAGCGGGUUAGUGCCAUUCAGGAGGUGAAUGAGAGCGUCAGCCUGCUGACUCAGCUCCUGCAGGAUUACGACAGCACCGCCACAAGUCAGAGCAACUUUGAGCUCAUACAGGACCUUUACCAGCGCUGUGAAAAAAUGAGGCCCACACUGUUCAGACUGGCAAGUGAUACGGAAGAUAAUGACGAGGCUCUCGCGGAGAUCCUGCAGGCCAACGACAGCCUGACUCAUGUCAUCAACCUGUACAAACAGCAGGUGAAAGGGGAGGUUGUGAAUGGCAACAAUGCAUUAAACGCACAAAAACAAACAGGGAAUCUCAAUGUUCACCCGGCAGGGAGAACAGCACUGCUGGAUCUGUCGGGGUUGGACACAUCACCCCAAUCGCCUCCAUCCUUCCCAGAAUUCCCUACUCCAACCGACAGCCUCAAUGCAACCUCACAGGAGACUGGCAUCUCUCUACUCGAUGAUGAGCUCAUGUCGCUUGGUCUAAGUGAAGGAACACACACCUCUAACCCUCCCUCCCAGCCUGAGGACUCCACUGCCUGGGAUUCUUUCCAGUCGUCUGACAGCAUCGACGCAGACAUUCCAGCAGCACCCAGUCUCCUCCUGAGUCCAGAACCACCCUCCCAUCCCAUCUCCCCAGGCUCGGCCCCCAAAGGCUCGGCCCUUGAUGAGCUGGACUUGUUGGGAAAGACGCUGUUGCAGCAGUCCCUCCCUCCAGAGGGCCUGCAGGUUAAAUGGGACAAACAGCAGUCCAAACCAACUCUGCGAGAUUUACAGAGCAAGUUGGGGUCCAACAUUACCCCCAACCCCAUCCCAGCCUUUGUCUCAGACCAUCCCUCACUACUCCUCCACUCAGAACCCAACCUUGGCCCCACGUUGUUGGACAUGACCCCUGCUCACACAGAGACUUCGUCUUCUGAGGUCUCCCUGGCUGAUGUUUUUGUACCUCUGGAAUCAAUUAAGCCCAGCAGUCUGUUACCUGUGACUGUCUUUGACGGACACAAUCUACGCGUUCUCCUCCACAUUGCACGUGACUCGCCUCCAUCUCGCCCUGAUGUGCUGGUGGUGAUCAUCUCCAUGCUGUCCUCCGCUCCCGUGCCCGUCACAAACAUCAGCUUCCAAAUUUCUGCGCAAAAGUCAAUGGUGGUGAAGUUGCAGACACCUUCAGGAACAGACCUUCCUGCGUACAACCCCAUCCUUCCUCCUGCUGCCGUCACACAGAUCAUGCUCCUGGCAAACCCAAACAAGGAGAAAGUUCAGCUGCAGUACAGAUUAAGCUUCACUAUAGGAGAGCAGCAGCACAGUGAGAAUGGAAGUCUCCAACAGUUUCCUGCUCCAGAAACAUGGGGGAAUCUAUAGCGUUGAAACAACCAGAGAGACUCUUGUCCACAGAACUCUGCGAUCUCGGUUAUUAACGUGGUCUCUUUUGCUUCGAAAUUGCUCUGUACCUGAUAGGAUUUGCCCCCGCCCUGCUCAUGCUGUGUGCGUGCACGCUUUUACUGACUUUGCUUUGCCCAGUCUCUGCUCUGUGGCUGCUUCAAAAACCUCACCUGUCUCCCCCCCCCCCGGUUCUUUUUUAAGACUGUGCUACAAAUGAAGAACUGACAACUACUGUACGUGCAUAUCUGCUCACUUGGUGUGCUUCAAGUUCUCUGUCUUGAGCACGUCUUGAUUGUGUACAAUUUACCUUCACCUCUGCAUGCUCUGACAUCCUGACUGCCCAUGAAAGUCAACACGCCAAAACAAAUCUCACAGAAACAUGAUCUGUUCAUAGUUUAUCAAACCAAAACUGCUGAAUCAUGUUUUUGUCUUUCGUCAAUAGGGAUUUUCCUUUUUUGUGUAAUGGGGAAAAAAAGUACUGUGACGUUGUGUAUUUUCUGCCAUAUGUGCCUAUUUCUUAUUUGUUUUUCCAAUAGCACGUUUGAAUUGAUUUCUGUAAUCCACCAUUUGAUUCAUUAAAUCUGCAGCUUAUUAGGUU